GACUCGCUGUCUUCUCUACUGUAUGUGACUGAAGUGACUUGUCUGUAGAUUUGUUUUCCACGUGUUGAGUUCACGCACAGACGAGAGCAGCAGCGACGAUGAGUUUAACGACAGCAGCCAGAGGAUUAGUUCUCUUCCUUCUCACUGUGCCAGUGAUACAAGGUCAGAAAGGUUAUGACGUUAAAUACACUUCUACUGAGAUCUGUGGCCUCAGAGGAUCAACAGUGGACAUAAGCUGCACCUACACAUACCCACGCAGAGUGGAUGACCAUGACACCACAGUUCAGGAAUCAUUCUGGUUCAUCAGAGAAAGUAAUGGGAUUUAUGCUGAUCUGAAAUCAGAUCCAGAUUAUUCAGAUCGUGUGGAGUAUCUGUGUGACAACAACAGAUGCACUCUGACAAUCAAAGACCUGAGAGAGAGCGACGCAGCUCUGUACAAGUUCAGGUUCAUAACAAACCAGCCUAGAGGGAGUUUUACUGGUUCACCUGGAGUCACUCUGUCUGUCACAGAUUUACAGGUGCAGGUGGACACAUUACAUGAACAUCAGUUUUAUAAUAAUGCAAAGCUCACAUGUCAGAGCAGUUGUCUCCCUGAUCAUUCGUCAUUCAUCUGGUACGAAGGUCAAUCGAAGGCGACGGAAGGAGCGACUUAUUCAGCUCGUUUUUCCUCUUCAGACAGUAUUUCCUGUGCCGUGAAAGGACAUGAGAGUUCUCACUCUCCAUCAGUGUUGAUAUGGAGGCGGAAAGGUUAUGAUGUUAAAUACACUUCUACUGAGAUCUGUGGCUUCAGAGGAUCAACAGUGGACAUAAGCUGCACCUACACAUACCCACACAGAGUGCAUAACCAGGACACCAAAAUUCAGGAAUCAUUCUGGUUCAUCAAAGAAAGCGAUGCUGAUCUUAAAUCAGAUCCAGAUUAUUCAGGUCGUGUGGAGUAUCUGUGUGACAACAACAGAUGCACUCUGACAAUCAAAGACCUGAGAGAGAGCGACGCAGCUCUGUACAAGUUCAGGUUCAUAACAAACCAGCCUGGAGGGAGAUUUACUGGUUUACCUGGAGUCACUCUGUCUGUCACAGACCCACAGCUCCAGAUUAAUGUGAGAUCACUUGCUCACUAUUCUCCCUGGAAAGAGCUAACAUGUCACAGCAGUUGUCAGCUGCCUGAUUAUCUUUCCUACGUCUGGUACAACAAUGGACAGGAAGUUGGAGGAAAAACAAAAUAUCUUCUCCUUCGAGUCUUCUCUCCAACAGACAGCUAUCACUGUGAACAUGGGAGUAUCCGUUCUCCUCCAGUCUAUGCUCCAAAGCUUCCCUCUGUGUCAGUGAGUUCCUCUGGUCAGAUAGUGGAGGGCAGCUCAGUGACUCUGACCUGCAGCUCUGAUGCUAACCCAGAAGCUACUUGUAUCUGGUACAAGAAUCAAACAUUGAUUAAAGGAGCAGAGAGAAUUUAUCGCCUCAGUCCCAUCAGCUCUGAGGACAGAGGACUUUACGAGUGCAGCUGUCAGAAUCUCUACGGAACAACAACAACAUCUAAAUAUCUACAUGUCCAGUAUGCUCCAAAGUCUCCCUCUGUGUCUGUGAGUCCCUCUGGUCAGAUAGUGGAGGGCAGGUCAGUGACUCUGACCUGCAGCUCUGAUGCUAACCCAGCAGCUACUUACACCUGGUACAAGGAGAACACACAUGCACACGCUCAAUUACUCAGAGAGGGACUCAGAGAGUUUGUGUUUACAUCUAUUCAGUCUUCAGACUCUGGACUGUAUCGCUGUGUGGCUCGUAAUGAGCUGGGAGAAAGUCCAGGAAAAAUCACUGUUGCUGUGGAAUAUGCUCCAAAGCUUCCCUCUGUGUCAGUGAGCCCCUCUGGUAUAGUGGAGGGCAGUUCAGUGACUCUGACCUGCAGCGCUGAUGCUAACCCAGAAGCUACUUGUAUCUGGUACAAGAAUCAAACAUUGAUUAAAGGAGCGGAGAGAAUUUAUCACCUCAGUCCCAUCAGCUCUGAGGACAGAGGACUUUACGAGUGCAGCUGUCAGAAUGUCUACGGAACAACAACAACAUCUAAAUAUCUACAUGUCCAGUAUGCUCCAAAGCUUCCCUCUGUGUCAGUGAGCCCCUCUGGUCAGAUAGUGGAGGGCAGGUCAGUGACUCUGACCUGCAGCGCUGAUGCUAACCCAGAAGCUACUUGUAUCUGGUACAAGAAUCAAACAUUGAUUAAAGGAGCAGAGAGAAUUUAUCGCCUCAGUCCCAUCAGCUCUGAGGACAGAGGACGUUACGAGUGCAGCUGUCAGAAUCUCUACGGAACAAGAAUAACAUCUAAAUAUGUAGAUGUUCUCUAUGCUCCAAAGUCUCCCUCUGUGUCAGUGAGCCCCUCUGGUCUGAUAAUGGAGGGCAGCUCAGUGACUCUGACCUGCAGCUCUGAUGCUAACCCAGCAGCUGAUUACACCUGGUACAAGGACAAUGAAGACUCAGUAAAAGCAACAGGACACAACUUCACCAUCACUGACAUCAGACCUGAACAUGGAGGACAUUAUUACUGUCAAGUCAAGAACACCAGAGGGAGCCAGAGCGCCAUGUUCAGGUUGAAUGUGACAGUUUCCACUGAAGUAUUAAAAACAGCAAUCACUGGAACAAGCGCUGCUGUUUUGUUUGUCAUGGUACUUCUCACCAUCAUCUUUCUGAUGAGAAAAAAGAGGACCUCUGAGCAGCCAUCUGAGCCUGGAGAUAGAGCAAACCACAGUGAACAGUUGGAGGAAGUGAUUGAGCCUCACUACGUCAGCGUCCACUUUGUGAAGAAGCAGACAGAUGGAAUCUAUUCCAACAUCCAGCCUGGGCCUCACAGAAACAUGAUGAAGCAGAAGGAGAACGAGGAGGAUGUUGUUGAGUAUUCUGCUGUCAAGUUCAGAUCCAGAGGACAGGAAACUGUGGAGGAUCCAACUGCGUUGUACAGUGUGUUAAAAAAACCCACUCGCUGACACACUGUGAAGCAUUUAAGUCCAUGUGUAAAUAUUCCAAAGCUUACAGUGUUGCAGCCAUUCAUGGUCCCUACAGGAUGAAGUUCUCUGAUCACUUUGUGGAGUCCCUGCACUAUCGCUUUCUCAUUUAGCCUAAGAAGUGAAAUAUGUAUCAAACAUUGUAUAACCAGUGAAUAUCAGCCUGUGAGCGUGUUAUAACAUUUGAGUAAAGUAUGUAUAGGAGCCGAAUAUAUUUGAUUGUGGUAUGAGGGUUGGUGUAAUUCACUCAAUGUGUGUGUGGGGUCGCUGUGCUCUCAGAAGGGGAGCUCAGGUGUAUAUAGGUGGAAUUAUCACUGUCCUUGUUAGGUUUUUGACCCGGAAGGGCAAACGGUUUUCGACCGCUGUACCGCGGAGGCGCUUCUUAUGACUGUUUUGGAUUGUUUGAUGGAAUUUCCUUAUGCAAAGAAAACGCACAGCAAUAAAGCCAAUAUAUUGCAACGAAACGAACAACGUGGACAUUCAGCCAGAGAGUUCAAAAGAGCGAUCGCCAAGGCAAAGCGCGUCAACCAGGUUAUCUGGAGUUAGAAACCUCAGUAGUGGAAGUUUUAGGCUGAGCUGCUAUAAUAGUAUGUAAAGAUGAUAUGACAUCUUUACAUACCCCCCUCCACCUAAAACCAAACUCAAGACACACCUUUUCUGAAUUGCCUUCUCUGUUUUUUUAGUGUAAAACAAAUAAAGAGAAAUGUGUGGUGUAAAUGACAUGCAUUGCUAUGGAGUCUGUGCGUGAUGACGUGAGACUGCAAUGUCAGUCAGGUACACAGGGUAGCAGGGAUGGCCAUCCCUGCCAGUUUAUUAUUGAGAUAAACACCCAGGUACUUAAAGUUAUCCACCAGCUCAAUGUCCAAGCCCUGGAUGCUCACCGGUGGGUGUGGUGGGGUCUUUUUCCAGAAGUCGAUCACCAUCUCCUUCAUCUUUCCGUUGUUCAAGCACAAGAAGUUGCUCUCACACCAGUCCACAAAGUCCUUGAUGACCGACCUGUACUCCAGCUCGUCCCCCUCAGACACGCAGCCAACAAUGGCUGAGUCAUCGGAGAACUUCUGGAGGUGACAGCUGCUGGAGUUGUAGGU